AUGGGCAUUCCGUUCCAGCUCCAAUCCCAGCAGGGAAUACAGCAAGCGAAGGCCCUACUAGCAGAAAACAAAAUAAUGAUCAAAAAGGAAACUUCUCCAUCUGAACCUUUUGGGGUGCAACCUGCGAAAAAUGCAUCCACUCCGAAGCCAAAUAUGGCAACUGCUGCCAAGGUUAAUGCUAUGGUCGGAAAUAGGACAUGGUUUGGAGGGCUUUUCACUGGCUCAGGUAAAAAGCGUCAAGUCCAUGCCGAGAGGAACUUUGAAAUGACCCCUCUUCAGGAACAAAGGAUGCAAAAAUUAAAGGACAGACUAAACAUACCUUUUGACGAGACCCGACCGGAUCAUCUGACAUCCCUGAAGGCUCUUUGGAAAGUUUCCUUUCCCGAUACAGAGCUCACGAGCUUAGUUUCCGAACAGUGGAAAGAUAUGGGGUGGCAGGGCCCAAAUCCUGCAACUGAUUUCAGGGGCGGUGGAUUUGUGUCACUUGAGAAUCUUCUAUUCUUCGCAAGAAGAUACCCGGCUUCUUUCCAGAAAUUGUUGCUGAAAACACAAGGAAUGCGAGCCACAUGGGAAUACCCCUUUGCGACAGCAGGCGUUAACAUCUCACACAUGUUGAUCCAACUGUUGGAGCUUAAUUCAGCUCGACCGAAAACUUUGCCGGGGAUUAACUUCGUCAGAAUGCUGUCCGAGCACGAGGACGUGUUGGACAUCCUGUACUGCAUAGCCUUCGAGAUGAUGGACGCUCAGUGGCUGGCGAUGCGCGCCUCCUACAUGCAGUUCAACGAUGUGCUGGAAGCAACGAAGGCGCAGCUGGAGAGGGAGCUGUCUCUGGAGGACCUCCUGCGGAUCCAGGACCUACCAGCUUACAACCUCUUGUUGAAAUGA